AUGCUCUGGAGCACAUCUGUUUUGAGCACACUUUCGUCCGACACGGAGCCUUCCGUCGUCAUCGCCUUCGAUUCGGCCAAAUACCUCUUCAACGUUGGGGAGAAUACCACCAGAUCCUAUUUACAGAGCCGGCAAACAUGGAGGAAGACCAGGGGAAUCUUUCUAACCUCGAUUAGUACCCAGAGGUCGAGCGGGCUUCCAGGUCUCCUCAUGACGUUUGCGGAUGCUGGGCGGUCUCAGGUUCGCGUGACGGGUCCAUCUGGGCUUUUACAUCUCAUCGCGAGCAUGCGAAGGUAUACGUACCGUGAGAACUUGGAUGUCACGCCCUCCGAAGUUCGCCUUGUCUCAGAUGAUCAACCCGUGUACAAGGACGAAAACAUAACCGUGUUUGCUCUGCCUAUCAACCCAACACCAGAACAAUCUCAGAAUGACGGGCAUUCUAAGGUGCUAUUGAAGAGAAAACGAGACACCUCUCCGGAGCGACCAGCAAAGCGAGGUUCUAAUAAUCAAGGCAGAACAACUCCCGAACCCGAACCACCUCUUUCGAUAGAGCAGUUGAUGGAAAGAUCGGAUUUUGAUCCAACUUCGUUGAAAGGAGAGAGGGCUCAGGCGUGGCGGCGACAUGUCGUGAAGCUUAUGUUCCCCGCGACUCAAGUUCCCCAGUCCAUCGACAACGGUGACAAAAACCAAAAAGGUAAACGGAGAGGAAAGGACAAGGACAGUAACGCAAUCAAGCCUAGUCCAGACGAGCCUCCAAAUACUGCAUACGUCCAGCAACCUCCCGGUCUCAAACGUCCCCUUCCCAUACCAGAUCAUUCUUCAGUUGGUUCCCCUGAUCAAUGCUUGAGACCCACUCUUGCAUACGCUAUACAAGGACCUCGCAUGCGGGGCAAGUUCGAUGCACAAAAGGCUGAGGCUCUGGGCCUCAAACAUGGGCCAUUGCGCGCAGUGUUGGCUCGAGGACAGACCGUCACCGUCCAAGUCGAUGACGGUCAUGGUAAUCUCGUCCAUCGCGAAAUAAAACCUUCGGAUUGUAUAGCAGAAGGCACGCUUCCCGGAGUUGUGUUGCUGCUUGAUACGCCAACGCUAGCGCAUAUUCCAAGUCUCCUAGCUGGAUUUGCUGAUGGUGGUCCGUUUUCCAAGUACCGACAGCUUAACUCAAAGGACCAUGUUGUACGGGUGAUUCAUCACCUCUGCGGGGAUGGGGUUCUUGAAGAUGAACGAUAUAGGUCUUUCAUGAACGAGUUUGGACCUGACGUACACCAUCUGGUUGCUUCGCGCAGAUACUUACCAGAUCCGGUCACCUUCACCAGUGCAGCUUACAGUCAAUUGCGGCUGAACCAACUUGAUUCGGAUGUAUUUCCUAUACCAAAAUUCACUUUGAGCGCGGAGAGGCCCUUAGAGGGUGUAGCAGGGCUACCUGCUGGGACACUUGCUAUGCAAGCGGGUUUAUCUGCAUCCAUUCACCCCCUGCGACCGCCGGCGCAGGAUGAGAACGCUCGAAAACUCGACCUCUUCCAUCCGGCUGUUCGCUCUGACUCCUUGGUAAAACUCCCGGAUUCAAUUCUUUCUUCGUUUUCCUGGGCUCGGGCUGUUGUACGGUCUUUCGCUAGCGAUCCCGAGGCGGGUAAAAUACUAGGUAAAGACGUGUUGGUCUGCACGCUGGGCACUGGCAGUGCCAUACCAAGUAAAUUUAGAAAUGUCUCCGCUACACUUAUUCAUAUCCCAAAACAUGGCUACCUUCUUCUUGACGCGGGUGAGGGAACUUGGGGUCAGCUUGUGCGCAAGUACGGAAGAGACCCAUCGUCAUCUUCCAAUGUAUGGCAGAUGUUGCGCGAGCUCAAGUGCAUAUUUAUAAGUCAUAUUCAUGGAGAUCAUCACAUCGGACUUCCUAAACUAUUGGCGAUGCGACAACGCUUGGAUCCACCCGCAAAGGAGCCCUUGUAUCUGGUUGCCAACCACACCGUCUUCCAGUAUCUGCGUGAUUAUGACGGCCUCGAGACGCUCGGGCUUCAAAGUGGCUCUAACAAUCCCGUCGUAUUGAUACCAGUGGAUGCUCUCCACUGGUUAAAGUCGUCUCAUUCAGAGGGAUCGAGCCGCAACGCUUCCCGUUCAUGGUACGCGGCUACCCAUGCAGAUCUGUGCGCGUCCCUUGGACUGCGAAGCCUGCAGACAGUUGACGUAGAGCACCGUACGUUGUGCCAUGGGUUGAUCAUCAAACAUGCUGAUGACUGGAGCAUCGUGUAUUCCGGAGAUACUGUUCCCGUAGACCGACUAGUACAAGCGGGUCAGAAUGCGACACUUCUCAUUCAUGAAGCGACGAUGGCAGAUGAUGAAGCAGAAAAGGCUCGAGCUAAGAUGCAUAGCACUGUCGGUCAGGCUAUCGACAUCGGGAAAAAGAUGAAUGCUCACAGCACUCUCCUGACCCACUUCUCAGCAAGAUAUCCAACGAUGCCACAGUCCAUGCUCAUGAACUAUGAGCCUGGAGAGCCGAUCGUCGCGCUCGCCUUUGAUCAUGCGAACGUCCGCAUCGGCGAUAUGCGGAAGAUGCACGCUUACAUGCCCGCUAUAGAACAAAACUUUACCGAACUGGACGAUGACGACGCUACUGCGCAGGUGGCGGAAGUCGACAUCACAUGA